AUGCCAGAGGUGAAAUGUGGUACUUCAUGUGUCCCGAAGUUGGAUAGAAAAUCGCUAAGUUUGAAACUUCGCAGUAGCAGUUUGCCACCUCCGAUUACACGCACGCCUCUGCCCGCCAACAUAACGACAAACCGACGGAACCCGUCUGCUACUCCACCGCCCAGGAUACCAACGUCUGCUUCAGCACCAACCGCGAAUGAGCUACUUAACUCGAACAGAAUACAUACUUCUACGAAACGGGAACGACGGGUAAAAUUCAGCAACUGUACUACAUGUCAGACAAACAACAACGAGGGAGACGUAACAGAACUUACACCCCAAGAGCUGGCAAGGAAACUCAUGGGUUCUCGCCGUGAGGUGGUUGUGGUUGACUGUCGACCGUUCACAUCAUACAACAAAAGCCACAUAUCAGACUCAUUGAAUAUUAGUUGCUCGGAUAGACUUAGUAAAAAGAGACUUCAACAGGGUAGGGUAACUUUAUCAGAUCUUGUUUCGUCGGCUGAUGGGAAAAUUGCAUUUCAAAGACGUUUUAACAAGGAGGUUGUCAUUUACGAUGAGAAUACGAAUGAUAUUGACUGUGUAACUUCUAUGAAUCCACUAACAUUAGUCCUGACUUCUCUCCGUGAAGAAGGAGUCACAGCUUCCUAUUUGAAAGGAGGAUUUCAAGCUUUUUUUCAACAGUAUCAGAACCUGUGUGCUAAUUCUCUAAGAAGUGAUCAACAAGCAGAGAUAACUGACUUUACCAGUCGCAGUCACAGAAAUGUCUUCAAACAUCCACCAACACCAGUCUUACCUUUUCUUUACGUCGGAGGAGAGAGUGACGCAUCAGAUCAUGAACUUUUAAAGAGAUUGAAAAUUUCUUAUAUUCUCAACAUGACUUCCCACAUUCCACUACACUUUGAAUCGGUUACAAGUAAAAUCAAGUAUAAAAGAUUACCAGCAAGUGACAAUUGUCAACAGAAUCUUAGACAGUAUUUUGAAGAGGCAUUUGAAUUCAUUGACGAUGCAAGGUAUAGUGGCUCCAGCAUUCUUGUGCACUGCCAAGCUGGGAUUUCACGUUCUGCAACGAUAACCAUAGCAUACAUCAUGAAGCAUACUAAAAUGACCAUGACAGAUGUGUACAAGUAUGUCAAGCAUAAGAGACCAAUCAUUUCACCAAACUUAAAUUUCAUGGGACAACUGAUAGAAUUUGAAAAUGCUCUCAAUGAGGGAGUGUCACCUAGGAUACUGUAUCCACGACUACGAGGAAUUGAAACUACUGUCUAG